AUGGCUAUCUACUCCAGAAAUGAAGCUUUGAUGUGUAAGGUCUUUCCAUCAAGUUUGGGCUCAGUGGCGAUGAGAUGGUUCAACGGUUUAAGGGCUAAUUCUAUUGAUUCCUUUAAGAAACUUACCCGGGCUUUUGGCGCUCGCUUUAUUACCUGCAGCAGGGUUCCUUGGCCUUUGGGGUCUUUGUUGUCUAUGUCCAUGCGAGAGGGUGAGACUCUUAAGACAUAUUCGGAUAGAUACUGGGAAAUGUUUAAUGAGAUAGAGGGAGAGCAUAACGAUAUGGCUAUAAGAACUUUCAAGGCCGGUCUUCCAGCCGAGCGUGAUUUGAGGAAAUCUUUAACUGGUAAACCUGUCACUAAUGUACAGCAAUUGAUGGAUCAAAUUGAUAAGUACAGAAGAGUAGAAGAAGACCAAAUACAGGGAAAAGGAAAGGCUAAGGUAAUCCCUCAGGAGAUGAGGGAUUUUAGGUCGGACCGAUACAACAGUAACCGGCCUCAAAAAGACUAUAUUGGCAGUCGGGUUCUGCCAACACGCAAGCGGUUAAUGCCAUGUUUCGGGAGUCGGUACAACAGGAGAGCCUACGAGACGCAACCAGAAUCUUUACUGCCACUAUCAUCAAGACCAUGGACACACGACUGA